AAUUCAUCCAUUUUCAAUUUUUUCACUUCUUCUACUUCUUCAGUGAAGAAUACACCAUUUCAAGAGAUCAAAUGCAGUAAUUCAAAUCAUGGAUUUAUUUCAAAGGGAUGAUAGUUCAUUCCUAUCAUUUUCUAAAAACAAUUGAUGAAGUCAUAACGAUAAUAAGAAAUCCUUCCAUUUUCAACGCCAUCCAUAUUCGAACAGUUAAUCAUAUCUGACCCAAAAGGCAAACAACCUCCCCUUUCUCAAUACACCAUACCGAAUCUUGUCCAUUCCCAAACAAAAGACCAAGAGAUAAGAAAUCCAAAAGUUAUAACAAUCAGAACCAGAACCCAAAUUCUAAACCCAUCAAUUAUGAAUAUUAAAAAUUUCGCCAUUACCCCGCACUUCUAUAUCACCUCAUGUUGUGAGACUCUCCAGCAUUUUCGUCUUUGCCGACCUCGUUCAAUGAGCUGGAGUUGGAACAUCUUGACCGUCGUCUCGUAGCAUUCGAAUGAAAGCACGUUCUUGAGAAUCUAAACACAUCUGUUAGCCAAUUGUGUCCUCUAAAAAGUGACAGAGGAGUCCUUACUCGGUCGAGAAUAGUUUGGGCCGGUCUCUUCCACAGUAAUCGAGCGUGUAUCGACUUGUUCAUCGCAAACGACUGCACCAUCUGGGCCCGACUCGGGAGAAUAAUCCAUUCUCAUUAAACUGAUUCUGAGGCGAUAACGACCAGGGGCGUGAAUUGCAAGAUCUGGGAAGAAAAAGUACGCUUGAUCGCGCACACCUCUAGAUCUAGUUUGAGCGAUAGGAUGCGCAGAGUCUGCGGCUUUCCCAUCCAUUUGUUCAUAUAUAACUUGACCACUGGCGUAAUGGAUGAGUGAAACACAAGUCCAGUAACCGGCAAGAUGUUCAUAAAGAUCGUGCUCACUACUGAGUUGAACAAUUAGAGGAGGGUAUAAGAUUGAUCCUGGGCGAACUCGCGCGGGAGGUUGGACUGCAAUAGAUAACAUGUUGAAGGUAAGGUGCGUAUUGGUAGGUGUUGGGUAUGAGUGCUGAUUAAAGAGGUUUUCAGAUGGCAGGAACUGAAAACUAAUAGGACAAGGAGUUGUGGAUGAUCAAAUGCGACUUCUUUUCGAUGACUUAUCGAAGUAGUGAUGGCGAGUGGGUGUUUGACUGGAUGAUAAUUGGAAGUUUGUUGUGAAUUUCGAAACGAAGACAGUGUGAAGAGAAGACUGAUCGAGAUGAUGAUGAGAAAUACUUCGAAACAUGGAUGAAAGGACUCCUUUUAUCUUUCUCCAUUGCUCACACUCGGAGAAGAAAAUAUAUGAGGCUGAGAUACCUCUUGAACAUAUCAUGGAUGGGAUAGAAUCUUCCCUCCCGAUAGGUAUCUCAAGAAUAGUUCAUGCCGCCUCAAUCGAAUAGAGAACUAUUCGCUUGUGCCCUUCGACCAGUCAGAGCCAAUCUAUUUUUUCGAUAAUAUCAGCUCUGACAGCAUCGAUGAGUGAAAUAUUACUUGAUUUUUCUACGGGUAAUUCCUCUGUGUGGCCUUUUUUUACUUUACUUCUUUUCCCCUCAGACUAUUGUUCGGGAAAUUCCAAGCAAGGGAAGCCGGUCCCACUGAACACACAUUAUUGUGGGCGUCUUAGAUCUACCCAAGAUUUGAACGUUGUAUAGAUCUCAUGCAACGAAAUGCAAGAUUUGGUUUUAUGCGGUAUUCCCAAGGGAAUGGUCCAGGACCCACGGUGGGCCAUCGGGACCCGGCAAGUCGUCACCACUGUCACAUUCGGCUCGUGUUAGUGACAAUUGCUGAUUUGAUGGCAAUGAAUUACAAGAUACAAAAUACCACCCUAGAAAAUUAUGUACUUGGAGCCAAUAAAGAGAUGGGAGUAAAGAUAGUAAGUUAA